CGCGCUCCAAGCCGGGCGCGCGGAGCCCGGGGCGCACGGAGCGGCGCGCGCCGGUGGCCGAGCCAGGCUGGCGCCUGCGCCCCCACCACACCACCGCCGUCACCCGCCGCGCAGCCCGCGGGGCGCCCUUCCCGCUUCACCGACUUCGGCCCCGGAGCCUCCGGCUGUGGUGCUGCCGCCCUCCGUCCCGUCGUCCCUCCCCGUCCAGCUCGGGCCGCCGGGCUCCCGCAGGCCCCACCGCCCGCGUUCCUAUGGACAGACGCACAGACACCUGCAGGAAAGACACUGCUGAUCCUGUAUCAUGGAGGAUUGUCUUCAUACCUCAUCUGAGAAUCUCUCCAAAUUGGUCAGCUGGGCCCACAGCCAUGGGACCAUUUGCAGUCUCAUUCCAAACCUGAAACAUUUGCUUUCUGAAGGUUCCCAUGGGAACCUGACUGCAAUGUGGGGCUGUAGUGCUGGCCAUGCGUAUCACUGGCCACUAACAGCUACUUGCAGAGCUGGGUCCCAAGAGAGGGUUUGUUUCCAGGACAACCGAAGUUUUAAUUCUGAUAGUCCCAGUAUAAUUGGGGUGCCUUCUGAGACACAGACUAGCCCUGUGGAAAGGUACCCUGGGAGACCUGUGAAGGGAAAGCUGGACUGUAACCGGACCAGAGACUCUUGUGACUUCUCUUACUGCAGUGAGCCCUCUGAACUGGGUGAAGCUGUUGAGGAGUAUGAAGAUGAAAACACGCUGUUUGACAUGGUUUGCGAGUCUUCUGUUACAGAUGAGGACAGUGACUUUGAACCCCAAACCCAGAGGCCUCAAAGCAUUGCUCGCAAAAGGCCAGGAAUAGUCCCAUCUUCCAUCCAUUCAAGUUCCCAGGGACAGAUGGUCGAUGAAUGCAGUAAUGAUGUCAUCAUCAAGAAAAUCAAGCAAGAGAUUCCAGAAGAUUAUUACAUUGUGGCAAAUGCAGAGCUGACUGGAGGAGUGGAUGGACCAGCCCUUUCAUUGACACAGAUGGCAAAACCCAAGGCCCAGACUCAUGCUGGUCCCUCCUGUAUAGGGUCUGCUAAACUGAUUCCCCAUGUAACAUCUGCCAUCAACACGGAAUUAGACCCACACAUUAUGUCAGCGUCCCCCUCUGUGAUCUCCAGACCGAUCAUCCCAAAGACUGCUAGGGUAUCUCUGGCUUCACCAAACAGAGGACCUCCUGGUGUCCAUGGCACUGCCCACCAGGUGACCAUGCAGAUGCCUGUGAGCACCUCACAUCCCAACAAACAGAUCAGUAUCCCUUUGUCUGCCCUGCAGCUGCCUGGACAGGAUGAGCAAGUUGCUUCGGAGGAGUUCCUGCCCCAUUUGCCUAGCCAGGUCUCAUCUUGUGAGGUAGCCCUUUCUCCCUCUGUUAACACAGAGCCUGAAGUGAGCUCCAGUCAACAGCAGCCCCCCGUUGCUCCAACCAUAACUACUGAAGCCACUGCGCAGUGCAUUCCAGACCAGGAUGAAAGAGCAGCUGAGCUCAGCAGAGAGCAGAAUGAGAAAACCAUCCGGAGCACGCAGACCGCGCUCCGCAAUUUCCCUUAUUCUACUAAACUCAACAAAUUUCCUGUGUUUAAUAUCAAUGAUGACUUGAAUGGUCUAUGUACCAGUGCAGUGAGCCCAAACACCACCAAAGCCACGAGGUACGCCCUAAACGUGUGGCGCUACUGGUGCAUGACCAACGGGCUUAAAGACCACACGGACAUCACCAAGAUCCCUGCAGUGAAGCUGAACGAGCUGCUUGAGAACUUCUACGUCACUGUCAAGAAGAGUGACGGCUCAGACUUCCUGGCUACCUCACUCCAUGCCAUCCGCCGCGGCCUGGACCGCAUCCUGAAGAACGCAGGUGUGGGCUUCUCCAUCACCAGCAGCACCUUCAGCUCUUCCACCAAGAAACUCAAGGAGAAGCUGUGGGUCCUGAGCAAGGCAGGGAUGUCAGGGGCCCGUUCUCGCAAUAUCGUCUACUUCUCCCUUUCUGAUGAGGAAGAGAUGUGGCAGGCAGGGUGCCUGGGGGAUGACAGCCCAAUUACUCUCCUGUCCACGGUGGUCAAGUACAACAGCCAGUAUCUGAACAUGCGGACACUGCAGGAGCAUGCGGAUCUGAUGUACGGUGACAUCGAGCUGCUCAAAGAUCCACAAAACCAGCCCUACUUUGCUAGGACAGACAGCGUGAAGCGGGAGAGCCGGAGCGGCUCAAGCAGAGUGUGCCAUGGGAAGAUCUACCACGAGCACUCCAGGGGGCACAAGCAGUGUCCCUACUGCCUCCUCUACAAGUACAUGUACAUUCACCGGCCUCCCACGCAAAUGGAGGCCAAGUCUCCCUUCUACCUUACAGCACGGAAGGAGGCCACGGACAUGGGCAGUGUGUGGUAUGAAGAGCAGAGAAUGGGCUUACGGUCUCUCCGGGGAAUUGUCCCCAAUUUAGCCAGGAAGGUCAAGCUGGAAAACUGUGAGAACUUCACCUUUGUCUCCUUCACUCAGGUCUCCAGGCGACUUGGCUCCUACAGCUGCUGCCAGUGAGCCUUCAGGGCCAGCCUCGGUCCUGCUUACCUACAUGGCCGAGGCCAGGCGGCAGCAGGGGGCCUGACGCCACCGCCACCGCCACCAUCACCGAGGCUGAUGUCUUCGCUCUGUGAUCCAGCCGGCCUCCACUACUACAGCAGGCCAUUCCUCAGACUCGAGAUUCACUUUUACAUGAAAGUAGAUGACAGAAUAAUUUGGAUGUUUUAUCUAAAUGUGUGACACCUUGUUAAAUCAUAGACUAUAACACAAUAUAAAAUUACUAUAUACAAGAGUGAAGAAAUUCAUUUUAUCUAGUGCCUUUUUAGCACAGGUUUUCUUGAAAAAGAAAAAAAAGGAAAAAAAUGUUUUGAGUAGUUACUUAAAAAAUAUCCCAGUAGCCCGGUAGCUUUAGAAUGGUAUAGAAUUAUAUACACUUUGUUGGGUUUUGGUUUUUUUAAUUUUUAUUUUUCUCUACAUAGGGACCUAGAGCAGGAGAGGCGGACAUAGAGCAAACUUGCACUCAGCGCCCUUUGUGGUUUGUUGGUGGAGACUCUGCCAGGGCAGCGGUCUAGGCUGCUCGCUGGGACAAAAGAUACAUUUUUGCUGUGCUGUCCACAGAGGCAGUGUGGUGACAGGAAGAUCAGUUCUCUGGAAGGGUGUGUAGGAGACACCGUGUGCAGUGGACUCAGCGGUGUCACGGUGAGGAGUUCUAGUUAGCGGAGGGUGGACUUGGAAAGCCCCUGCGACCCAGAUGUGAAAACCUCCUGAAGCAGAAGUGCCUGCGUCUGUCCGUUCUCCUUUGAGAACGAUUGCUGUUUGAACUUUCUUUUGUUUGUUUUGUUGGUUAAUCUGCUUUUUACAUCUCGGAUUUACAUCUCACAGUUGUGUUGGCAGGAGUCCCUGGGCCUGCGAGGCUAGCAGCAUGCUUAACUAGGAGAAUCAACAGAGUAAGCCGCAAGGAAAACACUCCCAGGGCGCUUUAAGGACCCUAGGUUGGCACUGUGCUAGGGACACUGACUUAGGCAGCCUGCCAGGAAAGCACGCCCAGCACAGGGACAUGUUACUGGCUUGGAGUGUCACAGCAGGUCAUCCAUGCAUUCAAAAGUCAUUUCACAUUAAUAAAAGUCAACCUGACCAUGUGUUACUUAAAAAGCAGACUUUUCUAGCAACUACUGUGAAUUCAUGUUUUUAAAAAGGAGCCCAAAGAGUGCUAAUGGAUAGUAGUAAUUUCUACUCUAUUUUCUAUCCCAGGAAAGACUGCGUUAAUUGUACCAUUAUGUUGUUGUGUAUGCUUUCUAAUCACAAAUUAAAAUCCCAAUGCACAUUCAUAUUGCACAAGUCUUUAAAUUAGUUAUUUCUUUUUCAAAGCAUUGUUUUAGUACUUACUUAAAACCAUUGUUUUAAAGUCUCUCACUAGUCACUGAAGUAUGUGACUCUGCCAGAGAAGACUCAGCCAGUGCUGCCUUAAGGUCUCAUGUUGUUCCCUUUCUAGUGACUACAUGCCUAUAGUUCUGUGUACUAGGUACUUCCCUGGGUGGUGAUGAGCUUCAGUAUCUCCCUCUGUGUGUAAAUACCAGGUAAUUGAUAUCCAGCAUUCUUACUCAACUCCGUGUCUUGGUCUGCAGUGGUUUCCAAUUGUGAUUUUAGAUUUCUCUUUAGAAGAGAUAGACGAGCCAGGUGGGGUGGCACACACCUUUAAUCCCAGUACUUGGGAUGCUGAGGCAGGUGGAUCUCUAUUAAGGCCAGCCUUGUCUACAGAGCUAGUGCUCAGACAGCCAGGGCUACACAGAGAAAUCCUGACUGGGUGAGGGGUGAGGGGGUUGUUGGGAAGAAGAAGAGAGAGACAUGACAGCAGGUCAGUCUUCUUUAGUUUGCUAAACACCCAGAGGGUAUUUUGUCUGUGGAAAGCAGAGUCAUUUUGUCAGUUCUGCGUGGAAGAUGGAGACAUGACUUGUGCGGCCAAGCUGCAGAGCCUGAGUCUCAAGUAACGACCACUCCAGUUUUAUUUUAAAUAGCUUCAACAUGCUGCCAUUAGGUAUGCUGGGAUUGUUGUGAUGUUUCCAGAAGUAGCAAUAACCAAGCUAUUCAUCUUCCUGUUAACUGUAACUUAACGUAUCACCUAUUUGAUACAUUGUAAAUUCUCAGAAUUCAGAAGUGAACAAUUAUACUAGAAACUCAGGGGUCAGAUCUUCACUUACACCUGGUGGGAUGAGGUUCUGAGUUAGGCCCUCUCAGCUCCUGGGAGUAACACACGUGCUUCAAGGACUAUCACACACUGUGUAUAGCUUUGUUACUUGUGCAGAUGUGUGCAUGUGAAACACACUUUCAAUCAAUGUGGGUUAGCUGGGCGAGCCCGCUGGCACGGCAGAGUAACUGUCUGUGUGGGAGGCCGUGCUGUGGAGGCCAGAGAGCUUGUGGCUGAGGUUCAAGUGAGGCAGUGAGUCUGUCUUCCCAGUCAGCUCUACCGGCUCCACAGAAGGGAUGCAGCAAGCGACAGCUGUGUCCGCUCCCCUCGGGCUUCCGUGCUCCACAACUGGCAUGGUUAUCAAGCUCUUUAAGCUUGAGCUGGGGCAGCAGCUCAGUGGCAGAAUGUUUGCCUCGCAUGUGUGGGGCCAGGGUUCCAUUCCCAGCACUAAAGAAAGAAAGAAUUCCCCUAGUUAACCUAGACGCACGCUGCCUCGGAGCCCUGCGUCUGUGUUCUGAGAGGACCCCUACUCCUUGGGUGAGACCCUUCCACAACACCUUUUGUAUUGCUCUAAAAGGAGGUGAGUUAGGUAUGUUGGCACACACCUGCAAUCUCAGCACUCAGGAGACUGAGGCAGGGGAUUGACUACGAGUCCAGGGCCAACCUAGGCUACCCAGUAAGUUUUAAGCCAUCUUGGGCUACAGAAUGAGACUCUAUCCCAAAACAGUUGAAUUAAUUAAUUAGCGGGCUAGAGACGGCUCAGCCAUUAAGAGCAUUGGCUGUUCUUCAGAGGACUUAGGUUCCAUUCUUGACGCCCACAUGGCAGUCAGGCUGGUGCAGGAGAUCCCACUGGACACAAAGAGGCUGGCAUCCAGCUGUAUCUUAGCCAUGCAAUGAGCUUUCUGUCUUUUGAAUUAAAAAUGUUAGUGACGUGUCACAUGUUUCCUCCAUGCCGAGACUCUGUUCCUUACAUUUGUAAACUUGAAGAGGAAACCAAACCUCAUAAUGUGGUCUGGUGAGCACACCCAUGCCUGUGAAUUCUACCUCCAACACAACCAAGCCCAAUACCUCACUCAAGCAAAAAACGAAAGAAGGAAGACCAGAGGAGUCCUCGGAGGCUAAAGUUUUUCCAUUGUUUUCUGUGUUUUAAAACAUACUGUAUCUAACCAAAGCUGUAAAAGAAAUGUUCUCUCUGGUCGAGUGGCAUGGGCCCCUUCCCUUGGAUUCUGUUCUCCUUUGUCAGCUCAGACCCAUAAACGGUGUUUGAAAAAAUGUGAAACUCUAUUACUUUUUAUAUUAAUUCAUCUUAUUAAAAGCAUAAAGCAUCUCAGCAUGUUCAUAGACACGCUCAUUAAGAUCUGAACAAGAUGGUAUUUAUGUGGAACCUGAGAUGUCCUGACAGACCCUGGGCGCUCCUUCACGUUCUCUUGGCAACUCCUGCUGGCACCACCCUCGGCCCCGCUGGGGGAUCACGAGUCACACUGCUGGUCUAGAAUUUCUCAGUAUACUGGCAUGCCUUCUUGAGAGAUAUUUUUUUUCUAAUUUUCAAGUUUCACAGUUUCUAAAGUUAAUUUGUUAUCUUUAGACAGCAAUGCUAUUUUUGUUGGUUGAAGCUGACGGUGGCCAUGUUGUUACCUCUCAAAUGAACAAAAUGGUUGCAUCUCACCCUAUCAGGUAUCCAUGACUUCAUUGCUUUUAUGAGGCAUUGUUUACUCUUUAAAAAAAGAGAGGGUGAGCUUCCUUUAUGCAUGGAUAGAUGCAAACUAGUAAGACCUCAAGGAAGCUGGCCGAUUUGCCCUAGACCUCUGCUGUAGUCUGAACUAAGGCUGAAUCUGUUAUGUCCGGUUUAAGUAAUUUCACGUCUAAACAAAAAUUUAAUUCUUUGUCAAAAGGAAAAAACAUUGUGUUGCUUAAGCUAUGUUCCUAAGGUGACCCUUGUGUUUGUCUAUAUAAGUGAGUCCAUUCAAGCCGACCGAGGCUGUGCACACCUGGAACCUCUUAGGAUCUGAGUUGGGGGAUUGCAAGUUCAAGGCUAGACUGAGCUACGCAGCUAGCGCUUGUCUCAAGUAAAUAAAUAAAACAUAAACUGAAGCAGAAUGGCGGUGACUAGCUACCCCUCCUCUCUGAGAGGCCCGGAGGAGGAGCAUGAGGACUAGCCUUGAAAUCCCUAGGCAUGAUUCAAGCCAUGUUUGACGGCUACCCACAGUAGUGUGAGUGCGUCUGGUCUGUGCCUGCCGUCCUGGAGGUUUUCCUCCAGUCGCUCUUCACAGUCACGUUGUUCCAUUUAACCCAAGUUCCUCCUCAUUCAGCUAGCGCAGCUUAUAUGGAGAUACUUAGGAGCACCCCGCCCCCAAGGAGAAAGUGUCUAAUGUGUUGGUAAGUACACACCUUCGGUACUCACACUGACUACAGAGCUGCCUCCUCCCCCACUGUAAGGGGAAAUAACUCCUAAGCCUCAUUGGAUGAGGCUGAUAGCUACUUACUACUGCAUCCACUCAGUUUCCACAUGAAGACCCCAGCCUGACCAGCACUUGGAAGGACGGCCCUGGCUGCCUUGUUCCCUUAACCCUCACAACAGCUCUGCAGAGUGUGUCGAAGUAAUCCCAUGUCAAGCAACCAAGACUCACUUACUUCCCAAGUUCUUACAGAGAAAGCAAACCAACACCACAGCUUGAUUCCAAAUCUCACGCUCAGUUCAUUAGGGAAACAAAACCUGCCUCCUUUAGGCUCGCUGAAGCCCAUUUGACGUUGAAAAAGUUUGUUUUACAAGUUUUAGCCAGACGUGGUGGCACUCGCAUGUGAUCCCAGCAGCUGGGGGCAGAGGCAGGAGGAUCAGGUGUUUGACAUCCUUGACUACAUAAACUAGCUUGGGCUACUUAAGAUCCUGCCUGAAGAAAUAAUUUAAGAACUAACGAGCCAGGGUCCGGUUGCAGAAUCAGGCCUGAGAAAUGAGUCCGCCAGAGCAUAGCUGGGAAGAUUGGGACUUACACAUUUAUAGCACAUUAGCUGACUGUGGGGAAACCGUGAACACUGCUUGAUCGCUGCCCCGCCCCAGAUGUCUCCUGAUGCAGACUAGCUCCCAAGCCAGAGGUGCUGUAGUCAUCUACCUGAUGCUACACCGUGAAGGGAGGAUUCUAGAGCUCACCUCUGCCAAUCUACAUCCCCAUCCAGCCCAAGACCCCUGCUAACUAGGAAGUGGAAGGGACACACAGACACUGGUGCACUACUAGAAUGAACAGUCAUGGCUGGACAGCAGUAAGGCAAAUUUUAAGACUUCCUGGAUGAUGUUGGUUUAGAGAGUGGGAACGCCAGGAAGUAGGAGGGUGCAUCAGUCAAGCGCCCCGGGAUUUCAUGUAGUCACUGGCUAGAACUUACACAGUCCUCUUGCCUCAGAUUCCAUGUCUAACCAAGAGCAUGGAAUAAUUGUCAUAAUUGUAAGAACACAGUCUGCUUCUAUGUGAUGCUAUCUUGCUUGCUAAUCAUGCUAAUGUUAUCUUAAAGGGUUGGGAGAGAAAGGCGGCAGAGUGGGAUGGAAACUGGGAUGGAUCAGGAAAAAGGGCUCUAAAGAAAGUGACAACAGUAGUAGGUUGAAACCUGUAUGGG